AUGACCACCUCUAUGGAAGCAGCGAUUGAGCUCCGGGCAGUUGCCUUGGUUGUUCCGGCUACUUCACAUCUUCAUUAUGCGCGGUUGGGCUUUCCUUCGUCAAAGCGAUUGGAACGAGAAAUAGAGAGCGGUGUCAGAGCAGCGGCUCUUGUACGCCGGCGGGUUGAGAGGUUGCUGACGUCCUGGCGUACGAAGAAUAGGCGCCUUACUCACCAGGGGCCAGUUGACAUGGUGCUGUUGAGAUAG